CGACAACGCCCAUACUAUUCGUAGGCAGAAAGUUUAUUUAUCCAAAAUGGAGGAUUUACAUAUUUCCGCGAUGGUUAUUUCAAAGAUUUUGUGUUUUUACCGUAAAGACAGAUAAGAUAUGGACGUUAUGUACGCGAUUCCGUUUCCAGAUAGUCUUAUAAACAAUUGAAAAUGUUAACUGAGCAAGAACAAGCAGUGUACGGCGAGUUGUUUCACUCCUGCGACUCCGAUGGGACGGGGAAAAUCUCCGGAACACAGGCUGGAGAACUGUUCCGCUAUUCGGGGCUGACGCACGACGUCCUGUCACAGAUCACAGAGUUGUGUGGUGCAAAGAGGCUGGGACACUUUGGUCGCAGUCAGUUCUACAUCGCCCUCAAGUUGAUAGCGGCUGCCCAGUGUGGUCUGCCAGUGGCCACUGAAAGCAUCAACUCUGGUGUUGAUAUUCCACUGCCAAAGUUUCACAGGCCUUCACAAAAUGAUCCAGGUCUGCAACAGGCCCAUCCACAUGUGUCAGAUGGAUCCAGUGACAGACACCUCCAGGGUCAGCUUCCUCCACCGCCCGGCUCGGCUAAGAAGGGUCACUCCCGGAACCCGUCCGGUCAGAUCCGGGGCAGUCACACAGACCAGGCUACUCUACAGAUGCCCCUCUCGCAGGUACCAUUGCAGGACCCUGGCAUUCCCCUGCCCCCUCACCCCGCCCAGACCCUCCCCUCUGUGCAGCCCUUACUGCCAGCCAUGCCUCAGUCGCCCCCUGUGUCCCCCCACGCCUCUGCUGCUGUAGCGGGCCCAUUUAGUGGAACUACUGCCCCCGGCCCGGGCUACACCCAAUUGCAGGGGUCAACAAGCCAGGUGGGUGUGGCAGGGGUCAAGAAAGAGGUCGUCAGUGGAAAGAUGUUUGGAGGAGGGAGAGGAAUACCCCAGAGAGGCACGGAGGAGUGGGCAAGAUUUGAAAGCGAUGAUGAAAAACAUGGUCUGCUGGGUGAAGGUCGCAAGGAGGAGUGGGACGCUGUAAAGCUGCCGGAGCUAGACUCCUCCUCCUACAGCUCCGACACAGACAGUGUGGAGGACGUGUGGUCCAUAACGGACGAGCAGCGAGAGUACUACGUGAGACAGUUCAACAACAUAGAGCAUGACCUCAAUGGACACAUCUCUGGUGGUGUGGCCAAAGAAUUCUUUGAGAAAUCCAAGCUGUCGAAUCAAGAGCUAUCAAAGAUAUGGAACCUGUCAGACUUGAAUCGUGACGGUGCCCUGUCGCUGGAGGAAUUCUGUAUUGCCAUGCACCUGGUGGUCCUGCGAAGGAAUGAGAUAGAUAUCCCAGACAGGCUGCCCUUCUCUCUCAUGCCCUACAAUGCUUUCACUAAUGAGGAUGCUGAACCGUUUGCAGCAGACCUGCCCGAGGGUAGCACCCUUAAGAGAUUAUCUCCCAUGUCCCCACUGGAGUCCCAGUGGGACAAUCUGGUGCAUGACUCCUCUGCGAUCUCCAGCGAUGUGUCCUCUCCCAGCGUGACCCCGGCAAACUUUGACUUCCAGAAGCCAUCCUCCUCCGAUCUGGAGGCACGGAUAGUUCAGCCGAAGGCGGUACGUCUCUCCCCAGAGAUGAUGAUAGAGGAGGGUAAGGAGGCGCGGCCAGAAAGGGGUAGGGCAUUCUCAGAGCCUGGCCCACUUCCCGACUCACCCAACGCUGAUCCAGAAAUCGACCAGCCCUUUGUUGCUAAGCAACGAGCCAACACGGCAACUAUGGGCGACACAAACUUAAUAGACCCUGCUUUACACAGCCGCCCAAGACCUUUAGCUAAACGGAACACAGUGCCAGGUGCUCUGUCCAGUCACAUACUGCCACCGGUUCCCCAGCUGGAUGCUGGUCUGGAGCGCAGUGUGCAGUACACCGCAAGUAUUGAUGGGGGAACCGGACCCCCUGCCCCCCCACCUAGACCUGGACCACAAAUCCGAAGUAUGUCCGUGGACUACAAAGCACCACCUGCGGUGCCACCACGGGCAGCGUCCAAAGAGGUUCCUGUCAGUGGCAAGAAGGUAUCCGAGCUGAAGAACUUUCAGUCGAUACAGUCACAGGAGGUAUUGAACAUCCUGCCUGGAAGUGGACAUGGUCAGGUGGGGGAAGGAGUUGAUGCAGGCUCAGAGAAAAAGACUGCAGUAGCGUGGGACUUGCUGGGUCCAGACUUCAGCGAUGGGUCUGCAGAGAGACAGGCUGAGUUCAUGCUGGCGGCUCAGAGACAGGCGAGUCGAGACAAGAGGGAGCUCCACAUGGCCAUACGUACACACAAGGAGCGCAACUCGAUGCUGUCCCGACUCAAUCACGAACUCAACCAGGAGCUCCAAGAGGUCAUGGAGCAAAGGAUCGCGCUGGAGAUCCAGCUAGAGCACCUGAGACCAUUCUCCAGCUAACACGGCGGACUGCGCAGGCUAUGGCAAACAGCGAAGACCCAGAUGAGACGCCGCAUGAUGCGGCGUCUCAUCUGGAUCUGCGAUGUUUCCUUGAAACACUGAAUGGGCGGGAGGCAGACUUGUCUACAUGGGUUGGGAUACUGACCUGUCAUAUGAACCUUGUUCUGGAAAAAACUGAGGGUAAUGCAUGUGCGUAAAGUGUCGUCCCAGGUUAGCAUGUGCCGUCUGCACAGGCUAAUCAGGGAUGACACUUUCAGUCUAGACUGGAUUUGCAUUUAAAUGAGAUCUCUUUUGAACGCAAGAGUCCAUAAAAACGGGAGGGGCAAAGUGUUGUACCUGAUUAGCUGGUGUGCACAGCAAAGUGUUGUACCUGAUUAGCUGGUGUGCACAGCAAAGUGUUGUACCUGAUUAGCUGGUGUGCACAGCAAAGUGCUGUACCUGAUUAGCUGGUGUGCACAGCAAAGGCUAAUCUGGGAUGAAAUUGUACCCACAUGCAUUAAGCCCAGUUUUUCUAUGACGCAGCUGGUAUAGUCUUGUUUUGGUAUGUCACACAGAAAUGGAAAUUAUCAGAAAAAGUUUAUUAAAAGAGAAAAAGUACAAAAGGCUUCUAAAAAAGGAGCAGCUGGAGAGCUGGAUCAGUUCUUGAAAUUUGUCCAAAAGUAAUUUCAUUUCUCGAUUUGGCAUUGAUUGUUUGAGUUAUCAAUUAAUUGGGUCUUUAAUGUUCCUUUGUUGGUGUUCUUGUACACAAAAUUUUUUCUCAAGUCUUGGUCAACCCUUUCCCACUCAGAAGCAAAGUGAAAAUGGCUAUGUGCAAACAGUAUAAAACCAUAACAGCCUGUGAGUCACACUCAGUCUGUUCAGGUUUUAAGCUGUUUGCUACUCAUCAGUAUCUUAGGGCUGGAAAUGAAGCCUUUCAAACUUGAAUAUAUUAAAAAAGGACUUGAAUUUAAUUUGAUUUUCUAAAGGACUUCAAAUGCGUCAAAGUGCAUUUCUGAGUGGUAAAGGGUUCAUUUUUGUAGGCUGUUAAGUGAGUAAAAAACAAUGUUGAUAUUUCAUUGUCUGAAGAUGUGGUUAUCAACAACACUUGACCGAGUGACAUACCAAAACAGAUGACUACCCGAUGAGACAAAUUGGUAGCUAUAUGCCUAGCUGUACUGAAGGGUAUGUGGUCCUUACUGUGUGAUAGCUAUAGGCCUAGCUGUACUGAAGGGUAUGUGGUCCCUACUGUGGCGAAGAGUGGUCUUACAGAGACUUGUAGAAAACUGUUCCCUUGUGCAAUAUAUGCAACUGAUUUGGAGUACGGUAUUUUAUUGUGAGGAUAAAAAGAAUAAGUGGAAAUGUUGAAUGAACUGCUGAACAAUAUUUUCCGAUAUUGACUCUAUGUUUUGCCUAGUCUUGCGUGGCAUUAAUUUAGAUAUUCAACAACCGGGUAAAGGUGGAUAUCUUGUGUGGUCAGAAAUAGAUCUUUAAUUAUUUGUUACUAUUAUUUCUUGUUUCACUAUGUAUUACCUUGUCAAAUGGUUAAACGUUCAACCAAUUUAAAUAAUUUUAGAUUUGUAAAUGUUAUUAUAAGAUAGUAAGUUGUGCUAUUAGAAUGCCAGCCAGUUUAUUUCUUCUUGGCAAUACGAAUGACUUCCAAUAUAAAUGAGUCAUCACUCUGGGAAAACAAAACUUAAUCCUUUGUGCAUAAAGUGAUUUCCCAGAUUAGCCUGUGCUAUCCACACAGGCUAAUCAAGGACCACACUUUCCGACUAUACUGGAUUUUUGUUUAGAAGAUACUAUCUAUAAAUGAAAAAAAAUUCAUAAAAGUUUAAAGCCCCGUCCCUGAUAAGCUUGUGCGGACUUUACAGGCUAAUCUGGGACAUUACUUGUUGCACAUGCAUGAAGCCAGGCUGGGACAUUACUUGUUGCACAUGCAUGAAGCCAGGCUGGGACAUUACUUGUUGCACAUGCAUGAAGCCAGGCUGGGACAUUACUUGUUGCACAUGCAUGAAGCCAGGCUGGGACAUUACUUGUUGCACAUGCAUGAAGCCAGGCUGGGACAUUACUUGUUGCACAUGCAUGAAGCCAGG